AUGGAUCUAAGUGAUAAAUCAGAAGCUGGUGCAAAAACAUUUGAAGAGCAUUUACAAAAUAUUGCUGAUCGUAUGAUACAAUAUCAAAAUUACUUCAAGGAAUUUGUUAAAUAUACAACCCGAGCCAAGUUAAAUACGAAGACGAUACAAAAAGCUUUAGAAUUAAUGAUGUCUAUACCAGAACGAGCUGCUGAUUUACAAUACAUCAGUAAAAUUGUUCAGUAUCCUGGAGACCUGAAGAAACUUGGUCGACUUUAUCGUCAUGAUCCAUUUUUGGUCUGGCAGAAUAAUGGCACAGAACCAACUGAAUGUUAUGCAUUUUUGUUCAAGAAUACAUUAUUGCUCACAGAAAAGGAUAGCAAGGAUCCAUCAUAUUACAAAUACUCUGCUUCAAUCCGAGUAAAAUGUUUAAUUAGUAUUUAUUACAUGUAUUAA